AACUAAGGUUGUAUCGUCUGAAUCGUAUCGGAGGCCUAAACAUUUUUAAAACGGUUUUUUUUUCUGGAGGAAUGGUUACUACAAUGGGCCAUUAGAGGCAAUAUGGCAGAGAGUUGAAAUUGGAGAAGCAUUUAAAGUAAAAAAAAACAGCAGGCCGAGAGCAAGAAAAAUUUAAAUAAAAAAGGAAACAAAAGAACAAAAUUACAAGGAAAUAAAGAAAAAAAUUCUUUUAUAAAAAAAAACCUAAAACGUUGAAGAAAUUGUAAAAAACGUUUCCCGAAGACUUUCUUUAUUAAACUUUUACUGCUGCGAGGUGUGUUUUUGUCUUGGUGUUUGUGUCUGUGCACCUGUUUGUAUACCUUUAGGCCAGUGAGUGUGAAAAAGCCGGCAAUUUGUUUUUCCCCUCCCUUUAUCCUGCCAUUCUAAACAGAACAAAGUAGUCACUAUCUUCAUGUCCCUUUGUAAGAAUUAGAAAACAAAAACUAAAUAAACAACAUGGAUUUGCGCCCCUUGACCUACGAGGAAAUGUGCCAAAUGGAAUUGAUGCAUGCCGGCUCUACAUGUGGCGGUGCAGGUGGCGGCACCCUUACUGCAACUACCCCCCUUAAUAUACCGCAUUCGGGCUCUGGUACAUCCACCACCACGACCAUGUUACCCAUUAUGGUGAUACCCACAGCCAUGAUGCCCCCAGGAACACAUCUGAUAAAUGCCUCCUCUGCAGCCGGCACAGUUGGCGAUUGCGAGGGCAACAGUGAGCAGACGACGACAACAGGCCCUCCGCACGCCCAUUUCUAUCAACUACAACCCACACAUAUAUUGGCCACGACGACGCCAGCGAAUACAGAAUUUACACUGGGCCCAACGCCCACCACGGCUUUGCUGUUGCAGUCGGCGGCACCAAGCAACACCGUCGGCAGCAGCAGCAAUGAACAACAGCUUCCACAGCUGCAACAGAUUCCACAACAACAACCACAGACCCUUAACAUCCUGUAUACAGGUACUCUGAAGCCUUCCAUGAAGGCAGCCCACUUUAAUGGCCUAUCCACAGCAGCUGCACCAGCAACACAAGGCACUACCAACAAUAAUCCCCUUAUGGCGGCAGGACUCAAUUCUCACUUGGAGUGUGCCACUUUACCGCGUAACUUUCAACCCACAGCCUUGUCCACCAAAGUGCUGCCCCUCACCCAACAGGAUGAGAGUGAUUUUGAGGGUAGUGAAUGUGGUGCGAGUGUCUCCACCACCACCUGCAUUCCCCAUUUCCGUUUUGGCGGUUGUGGGGUUAUACUGCAGCCAACUCAAAACAUCAAUGCCCAUAAUGCAUCCAAUGCUGCUGCAGCGGACCACCCUCAAGUCAUUGGCUGUGCGUCGCUCAGCCAUAUGAUGGGCACUUUUGCCUCUGCUGCCGGCGAUGCCAUGCAUACGGGAGGCCGCAAUUUGGCUGGCACCUUGGGACGUAAUCGUCGUUCGCAAUCCACCAGCGGUAGUCAUACUAAUGACCAGGUUACGCAAACCCCCAAACGGGUAUCGUUUAAGGGUGUCGAUCUACCGCCUCCCUCACCGGAAGAAAUGCAAAUGUUGGAUGGCUCGCAGGUGGCAGUGCAUAACAUGGAUGCGUUCAACAAUUGCUCGUAUAUGAAUUUCGAUCAUUUUAUGGAUUAUCAGACCACCGGCUUCGGCGGUUUACCCGAUGUUACCGAACACUCGAACAUCAGACGCAAUAUCUCCCGCCAAAAUUCCACCUCCAACAGUGAUUCGGGUGGCGAAAUCGCCAGCAUACAGAAGUCCAAAGUCAACUUCAACAACGACACCAAAUCCCCCUCUGAUGUCAGCAAUCCCAUUGUCGUCGAUACGGCGGCCAAGGCAAAGCGUAAAUCGAAAGUCUCACAACAGCAUGCCCACGCCGCCAUGGUGGGUGGUCAUCAGCACAAGCUAACCGGACGCAAUUCCUGUGUGAUUGCUCUGACGCUGCUGGUGGCACUGUCUCUGUUGGCUGUGGCCGCGACGCUGCUGUAUCAGCACUUCGUCAUGGCGCCCAGCCGCAACUCACACACCCAAAGACUGAAGAUUGUCAAGCGGAUAUUGCGGGACGUGCCAUUGGUGGAUGGUCAUAAUAACUUUGCAUGGAAUGUACGCAAAUAUGCCCACAGCAGUCUGGAAUUGGUCCAUGUCAGCAAUGAUAUAAAUCACAAAUCGAUGUGGGUGCGACCGGCCUGGGCGCAAACGGAUAUGGAGCGCCUCAAGAUGGGUCAAGUGGGCGUACAAGUCUGGUCAGCCUAUGUGCCGUGCGAGGCACAAGGUUUGGAUGCUGUCCAAUUGGCAUUGGAGCAAAUCGACAUAAUCAGGCGCCUCACCGACAUGUAUCAUCAGGACACGAUAUUGGUGCAGUCAUCGAAAGACAUACAAAUGGCCCAAAGGCAAGGACUAAUUUCAUCUCUGAUUGGCAUAGAGGGUGGUCAUGCCAUAGGCUCUUCUUUGGGUGUAUUGAGAUCGUUUUAUUCGUUGGGUGCUCGCUAUCUAAGCUUGACGCAUAAAUGCGAUGUCUCCUGGGCCGGGUCAAGUUCGACGGCCAUUGAUGCAGGACUAUCGCAAUUUGGCAAAGCCAUAAUACGCGAAAUGAAUCGCCUGGGUAUGAUGAUUGAUUUGUCAUACAGUUCGGAUACCACAGCACGUGAUGUCUUAUCGGCCACCCGGGCUCCAGUCAUUUUCUCACAUUCGGGGGCCCGACAAUUGUGCAACUCCACACGAAAUGUUCCCGAUGAUAUCCUACGCUUGGUGGCUGAAAAUGGAGGCUUAAUAAUGGUCAGCUUCGAUUCAGAGGAUGUGUCCUGUGGCCGUCAAUCACGACUGAAGGAUGUGGUGGAUCAUAUCAAGUAUAUAAGGGCCAUAGCGGGCAUACAACAUAUUGGCCUGGGAGCUGGCUACGAUGGCAUUGAAUUGCCCCCCAUUGGCCUCGAGGAUGUAUCAAAAUAUCCAGAUUUGUUGGCAGCCCUGCUGGAGGACAGCAACUGGAGUGAAGAGGAUGUGGCCAUGUUGGCUGGUAAGAAUUUCUUGCGCAUCAUGGAGACAGUAGAGAAUGUAAGGGACUAUUGGAAGAGGGCUGCCAUUCAACCCAUCGAACAGACUGAGGCGCAGCCCAAAAGUCACUGCGCCUAUAUGGCUUCGUGACCCCAGGCUCGGGCCAUUGUGCGAAAGACACGUCAUGUGGCCGAUUUUUGGCAUUAUGAAAUGGAUAAACACAAUGAAACUACUAAUGAAACUGAUGCUAAGCAGGAUGUAAGUGGAGGAUCAAUGCCUCCAGCACUAAAAGCAUUGCCUCUUAUGGCAGCCGCAACGGCCCAAGGCAGCGAGGAAACGAAUAAUCAAACAAUGAAAUCAACUAUGGCUAGAAGUGAAGUUAGUCAACAGUUAGAAAUAAUGAAAUUUAAUUUCUAAGAUAAAAAUUACAUAGCGAUAAGAACGAACUUUGCAUUGGCUGGACCACUUGGAAUUUUGCAGCCACCCAGCAAAAAUGUGGAAAAAAAUGAAGCAAAUCAAAACAUUAUUCGAUGUUGAUAAGAGACAACCCUAUAGUUGACAUUUUACAAGGUAAUGCAAUUUGUAUUGGCCCCUGAAAAGCAAAAAAAAAAAAAUUAUUUAUAGCUGUAAGUAAGUCAUUCUUUAUUUAGAAUAGUCAAAAUAUAUGCAAUUCUUACAAACCCCCAAAAUUAAACAAAACGUUAUAACAAUCUCCAAAAAUUAAGUUACAGCAAAUCAUAUAUAAAAAAUAAGGCACAUAAAGUUAUUA